GAAUUAUGACACUGAGCCGUGGCCCGUACAGCGAGCUCGAUAAAAUGAGCCUUUUUCAAGACCUCAAACUCAAGCGGCGCAAAAUAGAUUCAAGAUGCAGCAGUGACGGUGAAUCGAUAGCAGACACAUCCACCUCGUCGCCGGAUCUAUUGGCGCCGAUGUCACCCAAGCUAUGCGACAGCGGCACGGCGCCGACGCUGUCUCUGCCACUGCCACUGCCACUGCCACUGGCGCUGCCGCUGCCGCUGUCGCUGCCACUGUCGGCAUUGCCAUCGGUGACGGUGACGGUGACAACAGCGGCGUCCACAUCAGCAGCAGCGACAGCUGCCGUAUCCACAUCAUCAUCAGCAACCUCGUCGUUAUCAUCAGCAGCAGCAACAGCAGCAGCAGCAACAUCAGCAGCAGCAUCUUCAGCAGCAGCAACAUCGGCGAUUCCAUCGUCGUCCUGUACCAGCAGCACCAUCACCAUAACCGCAACAGCAACAGCGAAAGCAACAACAACCACAAACCAAGGCGGCGCAGCUGGAUCGGCUGGCGGAUCCAUGCUGCACUCCGUCAAGCAGCAGCAGCAACAACAACAGACUGAAAUUCACUCAUCGAGCAAUGCGAUAAGCGCAGCAGCCGCCUCGACGGUCAUGUCGCCGCCGCCGCAGGAGCUGACGAGAGCAACACCGCCCAUGGCAUUAGAUAUUGCUGGUGGUAAUGGUGGUACCAAUGGCCUGCUGAACGCCAGCAGCAGCAGCAGUGGCAGUGGCAGCCACAACAGUGGCAAGAUCAACAGCAGCAGCAGCAGCAGCAAUAAUAAUAAUGCUGCCAGCAAUUUGAGCGUCAUACGCAGCGUCAAGGAGGAACGCAUCCAGGCGUCGCCCACCAAAAUGCUCGUGUAUCUGCAAGAGCGCGAGCAGGAGCAGUCACUGAAGGCAGCGACGGGACAUGUGACAGUGCUGGUGACACCAUCGCGCAUUAAAGCGGAGCCACCGCCGCCCGCCUCGCCAUCGUCCACCACACAGCGAGACAGAGAACGCGACAGGGAACGAGACAGAGAACGCGACAGGGAACGGGAACGUGAACGUGAACGUGAACGUGAACAACAAUCGUUGGGCAGCUCCAGUUCCAUAAGCUCAUCACAGCACAUUAGUCGGGCCAGUCCGCCAUCGCCGAUAGGUCAUCACGGCCUGUCGCCGUCAGCGAUCGUGCAGACACAUCAUCUGCAUCAGCAACUGACGCAGCCGCUGACGCUGCGCAAGAAUAGCCCGCCACAGGAGCUGCAAUUGUCGCAGCUGUCGAUGCAAUCGAUGCAACACCUCACCCAGCAACAGUUGCAUCUGCAUCAUUUGCUUGGCCAGCAGCAGCAGCAACAGCAGCAGCAGCAACAGCAGCAGCAGUCACAGCAGCAACAAUCGCCACAGCAUUUGCAGCAACAUUCGCCGCAUUCGCUGAUUCGCGUCAAAAAGGAGCCAAACUCUGGACAGCGGCAUCUGUCGCCGCAUCAUCAUCAGCAACAGCAGCAGCACCAAUCGCACCAGCAACAACAGCAGCAUCAGCAACACCAGCAGCAGCAGCAACACCAACAGCAGCAGCAGCAACAACAAUCGCUGAUGCAUUCGGCAACAUUGCAAUCGUUGCGUCCAUCCAGCCGAGAUGCGGCCAUAUUGUUUCGCGUGAAGAGCGAGGUGCAACAGCAGGUGGCAGUGGCAGCGGCAGCUGCCUCAUCCGGCCUGCCGCCACAUCUGAUGCAGCCAACGGCAGCGGCGGCAGCAGCUGCUGCUGCGGCAGCACAGCGUAUGGUGUGCUUCAGCAAUGCCCGCAUCAAUGGCGUCAAGCCGGAGGUUAUCGGUGGCCCCCUCUGCCCGUCGCCGCAUCCCUCCUCCUCGUCAUCCUCGUCACAGCUGUCGCCGCAGACGCCCUCGCAGACGCCGCCCCGUGGCACGCCCACGGUCAUCAUGGGCGAGAGCUGCGGGGUGAGGACCAUGGUCUGGGGCUAUGAGCCGCCACCACCGUCAGCAGGUCAACAGCAGCAGCAACAACAACAGCAGCAGCAGCAGCAGCAACAGCAACACCAGCAGCAGCAGCAGCAGCAACAUCAACAACACCAGCAACAGCAACAACAGCAGCAGCAGCAGCAACAGCAGCAGCAGCAACAACAGCAGCAUCAGCAACAUUGCCUGCAAACCGCCUCCUCCCCCUCGACAGGUUCCAUUACGCCCACGCACACGCCAGGUCCAGUUGGUGGCAAUGGAGGUGGUGUUGGUGGUGCUGUUGGGCCGCAGAACAACGAGGAGGCGGCUCAGCUGCUGCUCUCCCUUGGCCAGACUCGCAUCCAGGACAUGCGACCGCGUCCGCAUCAAUUCCGGACACCGCAUGCUCUCAACAUGGAACGCCUCUGGGCCGGAGAUUACUCACAGUUGCCGCCGGGUCAACUGCAGGCGCUCAAUCUCAGCGCCCAGCAGCAAUGGGGCAGCUCCAACUCCAACUCCAGCGGCAGUGGUCGCUCCCUGGAGGCGCCACACGAGCCCACGGACGAGGAUGAUCAGCCGUUGGUCUGCAUGAUCUGUGAGGACAAGGCGACCGGUCUGCACUAUGGCAUUAUCACCUGCGAGGGCUGCAAGGGAUUCUUCAAGCGCACCGUGCAGAACCGACGCGUCUACACCUGCGUGGCGGAUGGCACCUGCGAGAUAACCAAAGCACAGCGCAACCGUUGUCAGUAUUGUCGAUUUAAGAAAUGCAUUGAGCAGGGCAUGGUGCUGCAAGCCGUGCGGGAGGAUCGAAUGCCGGGUGGACGCAACAGCGGAGCCGUCUACAAUCUGUACAAGGUCAAGUACAAGAAGCACAAGAAGACCAACCAGAAGCAGCAACAGCAACAACAGCAGCAGCAACAGCAACAGCAGCAGCAACAGCAGCAACAACAGUUGCUGUCGCCCAUCCAUCAUCAUCAUCCGGCUGCGGGACACGGACAUCCGGCGCAAUUGUCGCCGCAUCAUCUGCUGUCACCGCAGCAACAGCAAUUAGCUGCAGCUGUCGCAGUAGCACAGCAUCAGCAUCAGCAAUCGAAGUUGCUGGCAGGUCAUGGAGGGUCUGGGGAUCUGAAGCCGAUGUUUCUGGGACCGGUGCUUAAGGCGGAGCAUCUACAGCCGCCGAUGCACAGUCCAGCACAGCAGCAACAUCAGCAGCAACAGCAACAACAACAGCAGCAGCAGCAGCAACAAUCGUCGCCGCAUCUGUCGCUCUCCUCCCCGCAUCACGUGCCGCCGCCAACUGCCAGCCAGCAGCAGCAGCAGCAGCAGCAACACCAUAAUCAUCACCAGCAACAGCAGCAACAGCAUCAACAACAGCAGCAACAGCAGCAGCAGCAACAACAACAGCAGCAGCAGCAGCAGCAGGCAUCGCUGCCAGCUCAUCUGAUGAAUGGCACCAUACUGAAGACUGCUCUGACGAAUCCCAGCGAGAUUGUCCAUCUGCGGCAUCGUCUCGACUCGGCAGUCAGCUCAUCGAAGGACAGACAGAUCUCUUAUGAGCAUGCGCUCUCCAUGAUACAAACACUGAUCGAUUGCGAUGCCAUGGAGGAUAUUGCGACGUUGCCGCAUUUCAGCGAGUUUCUCGAGGACAAAUCGGAAAUUAGCGAGAAGCUGUGCAACAUUGGCGACUCCAUUGUGCACAAGCUGGUCUCGUGGACAAAGAAGCUGCCCUUCUAUCUGGAAAUACCCGUCGAGAUACAUACCAAACUGCUCACCGAUAAAUGGCACGAGAUCCUCAUCCUUACCACGGCCGCCUAUCAGGCUCUCCACGGCAAGCGCUCAUCAUCCGGCGGCACAGCGGCAACAGCCACUAGCCUGAGUCCCUGCUCGGGUGCUGGUGGUGCUGCCAAUGUCAAUAAUCAUGGCAGCAACAGGCACGGCUCUCCGGCACCAACAUCAACGCCAACGGCAACUCAACUGCCAAUGCCUUUGCAUAAGGAUGAUCCGGAGUUUGUCAGCGAGGUGAACUCGCAUCUGAGCACCCUGCAGACCUGCCUAACAACCCUAAUGGGACAGCCGAUUGCCAUGGAACAGCUCAAAUUGGACGUGGGUCACAUGGUCGAUAAGAUGACCCAAAUCACGAUCAUGUUUCGUCGCAUCAAAUUGAAGAUGGAGGAGUAUGUUUGUCUCAAGGUUUACAUAUUGCUGAACAAAGAAGUGGAACUGGAGAGCAUACAGGAGCGUUACAUUCAGGUGUUGCGAUCCUACCUGCAGAGUUCAUCGCCCCAGAAUCCGCAGGCGCGUCUCAGUGAGCUGCUGUCGCACAUACCCGAGAUCCAAGCGGCGGCCAGUUUGUUGCUGGAGAGUAAAAUGUUCUAUGUGCCCUUCGUGCUCAAUUCGGCGAGCAUAAGGUAG